CUUCGUAGACGGGCUCUGGUAGUACUACUUCACUACUUCUGUACAACUUAAAUGAAGUACGAUGGUCUGGUAGGACCAGGCUACUGUUCCCGGGGGCUUGGUUGGGAAUCGCUUUUGACCGUUGACUGUUCUACAUGACUUGAAUGCAGCCUUGUUGUUUUACUCCGCACUGUUUGUCCCAACUCAACUUCCGUUGCAAAAUACGGAAGUAGGAAAUACUGAAGACUUAUUCAUUUUCUUUACAAUAUUGUCUGAUAUAUCUGAUACAUAUGAUUUAUAAUAUAUGAAUGAUAAACCAUUGUAUUCAUUCAGUUAAAAGUAUGUUAAAAAAGGUUUUCCGCUCUGGUUUCCUUGUUCGGAGCGGGCAUACCGUCCUAACAUGGCUAAUAACUCUGGUUCUCUUUCUACAUGACACUGACCUGCGGAGGUUCGAGGAGCAGGGAGAGCUGAUGCAGCCGGUCGUGUUCUCGCUGCUCGUCCUGCUGUCUGUAAUGCUGUACUUCACCGUCUCUCUGAUGGACCCAGGGUUCAUCCUCACCGAAACUGUCCAGGGACCGCUUGGGGCCAGUGAGGACCAGGAGGCCAUGCUCCCCCAGGCCGCCACUCCCCGCCUGCGACGCUGCGGAUACUGCCUGCUGCAGCAGCCAAUGAGAGCGAGGCAUUGCAAGGCGUGUCAGAGGUGUGUGCGCAAGUUUGACCACCACUGCCCCUGGAUAGAGAACUGUGUCGGGGAGCAGAACCAUCGCUGGUUCCUCCUCUACCUGCUGGUCCAGCUGGGAGCUCUGACCUGGGCCUUCCACCUCGCUCUGUCAGGGCUGAGCUGGUCCCAGGUGGGGUGGGGUCCGUGGUUGAGGACUCACGGUGUGCUGCUGGGGUGCGUGGCCGUGACAGGGGUGUUCAGCAUGGUGGUGCUGGUUUUGUUGGGCUGCCACCUCUACCUGGCCUCCACCAACACCACCACCUGGGAGUUCAUGUCCCGCCCGCGCAUCGCCUACCUGAGGAGCUGGGGCGACGGGGAGGACAACCCCUUCGACCGUGGCCUCCUUUGCAACCUCUGGGACUUCUUCUGCGUCUGCCGCACCGUGGCCUGGGACCGGGUCUACCAGCGGGCCCACCGCGACCACAUAUGACGUAAUCUUCACUUACAGCACCGCCAUGGAGCUCAGCACGAACCACGCUCGGAAUCACCACAGGACAUGCUGGGCUGGACUUGUAUGCGUGGUGAGCGUUACCGAUGGCAAUGUGUUUUGGUGGUCAGUGUUGUGUUGGAUUCAUCCAAGGAGCAGCCAUGGUGGCCACCAGAUUCAGUUAAGAUGAGGGGACUCUCUGUUCCAAUGGAGACCUUCAAACAAGCUCUACUUCUAAUGCUGCACGUAAUGUGAGUUCCUAAUAAUGUUUCAUCAUUAUUAGAAGUUUUCAGGGGGAGGGGCCUCACCCCUAACCCUACUAUCCCGCUAACACUACUAAUCCCUAAAUGUACCCCUAACCCUAACCCUUUUACUAAUGACCCUAACGCUACUAAACCCUAUACCAGUUUAAAUGUGUAGGCAUCAAAAACAAAUGUUGAUUGAUCAAUGUUGUUAUUCCGAUGUCUCCUCUCCAUAUCCCCAUCAUAUCCCCUCACUGUGUCACUGUGACCAAUUUCAAGAACUGUAACACUUUUGUAACCUUUUAUUUAUACUGUUAUUUAGUCUGUUUAAUCAGGACACAUUAAAAUAUGAAUAAUACAUA